AUGACAGCACUGACAGUGUUAUACAACGAGUUGCCAACUCUCGGAGACGCAGACGAGCGGUUCUCUGAGCGUGAGAACAUAUUCCUCAGUGUGAGGGACCUCCUUGCUCAGUACAAUCACGUUUGGGGGCUCUGUCUUGUCCAUGCGCACUGCAAGCUGGAAAAGGACGAGGUCAUGCUCGGGAGAGGAAACGUGUCGCAGCCAGAAGUAGCAUCUAAUCUUGGCGAGUACUACCCUGAGCGCUGGUUGUCGUCCGGCACGCCAUAUGUGUUGGCAAGUACGACCCUCGCACUUAGAAGGCUACUUUAG